AUGUUUUUUCACCAUGACUAUCAAAACGAAGUUACCGGUUCUUUUCCAACUUUGAAAUAUUGCCUCAACUCACGCUCGCCAAAAUGUUUCGAGAUGACGAAUUUCCACCAAUUUCCCGACUUGCCCCCAGAGCUCCGAAUUAAGAUCUGGAAAUUCGUUAUCCGAGAGGACAAACCAGGAGUCCACAUCUUCAAUCAUGAUGGCCCGAGACCUAUGAUGUCCGACGGGUGGCGCAGUUGGAAAUUUACGGAACCAUUACCAAUUCACCAUUUCAACAGCGUCAAAAACGAUGUUCCUCGCAAAAACAUCUCAACGUAUCUGAUUGACGGCGGCAUGUGGACCGCUUGCAAAGAAUCCCGAUCCAUCAUGGAGGGUCAUUUUCGCCAGUCUGAGUGCAUCGAAACAAUUUCCAUUCCCGCUGAAGAGCGCAAUAGCCGAUUCCACGCAAUCUCCGAGUUGGACAAAUUCAACAUGCCCUCGACAGGAAAUUUCGUGGGGUCUCCUCUGCAUUUUCUCACAGUCCGCCCCAACCAAGACCUCUUUGUCUUGCAGGUCGAAUGUCUCGAUAAUGUCAACUGGGACGAUAUUGGCUACGAUCAUGCCCUCGGAUCGGGGUUUCUGGCCUACAGCGGCAUCAUUAAUAUAGGUCUUGAGUUCAAUCCAGAUUGGUGGGACUCAGAGAAUGAAGAAUGGGAUUACGGCGUUUUGUCCACCCUCACCGACGCAGCUCACAAUGCCCAUCCAGUGGGCAACAUCUGGAUCAUCGAUCAUGGUCUCAAAAGGAGAAAAGAUGCUCCUGCCUUUGAGGAGGCGACGUCAAAUAAUGGGUAUUCUGUGAAUGCCUUCUUUGCCAGCGAUAGAGCGCUUCUUGAGGUUGAUUCCAGGCAUCUUGAGUCAUGGACAGACUCUAGAACCGGGCUGUCACCCGACGACCACUGGCGAACCAUCAACACACCUCUCAGUUUUGCCAAGAACCUUCAGGACGACAUCGAUUAUGAGCGUGAUUGCGAGACUGACAAUCCUAGAAGAGACCGUUACCCAUGCUCCAUUGGGCUUCUUGGCUGGGAUGACUUAUGA